GCGUGGGAUGGACGUGUGUCGGUUUGUUAAUGAAGUGUCACCUGACCCUGUCCUAACAUUGCACGGGGGGAGAGGAUAUAUAGUCCAAAUAAACAUACAUUCGAGUGAGUGGAAGACACAAUUAUUUCCAACAUCUCCAUACAGUAUAGCCUAGUAGCCUAUUCAGACUCCUUGGAUUGGUGCGCCGGUCAGUGUUGGCUCUUGGCACAGGGGUUAGAGGCACAUCUGCUGUCGACAGAGGCUCGUUGUCCUUCUCUAUCAGACAUUCUUGAUCAGAAGAAAACGUCCGGUACGAAGAUUUUAAUCAACGAGCCGACUGUGCGUCACUACAAAAUCGUUAUUUUGAAAGCGCCCCCGUGCAUUUUACUCCCUCGGUUUGCCUUUUUUCCGUGCGUCGUGGAGAAGGAAACACUGACGGUGUAUCCGAUGCUCCUGCAAAACGGAUAACGGAAUAUUCUAUGUAUGUUUGACGAAGGUUGGACAUUUGGCCAAACCCAUUCAUUGUAAGGAUAAGAAACGCUGCGCGGUCGCAACGUUUUCAAUCUCCUGAUUGCUUCUUUAUUAUUGCUUUUAUUGCUGUGGGCUGAGGAAAUACAUUGUAUUUCUAGCGUAGUGUUACGUAAGACUGACUUUAUCCAAGGUGCUGAAUUGAACGGUAUAGCGGGACACAGAAGGAAGAAGGCAAUCUUGUUUAAGUCUACCCAGAAGGUCACAGGCCUAUACGUGGGAGAUUUGGAGAGGACCGCACAGCACUGGCAUCGUUGAUACCCGUAUUCCUGUAGCAAGACCGCCUUUUAUUUCUCUCUUUGGUUAAAUACAUUCUUAAGGUGGUCGACUACACGAGGAGAAAAUGUCGGGGCAGACGCUCACGGAUCGUAUUGCCGCUGCGCAGUACCAGUUGACGGGAUCAGAGGUAUCUCGCGCCGUCUGCAAAGCCACCACUCACGAGGUGAUGGCGCCCAAGAAAAAGCACUUGGAAUAUCUGAUAUCGGCUACCAAUGCGACCAACGUGAACAUCCCUCAGAUGGCCGACACUCUGUUUGAGAGGGCCACCAACGCCAGCUGGAUUGUCGUCUUCAAGGCACUAGUCACCACACACCACAUGUGUGUCCAUGGAAACGAGAGGUUCAUCCAAUACCUGGCCUCCAGGACCGCUCUGUUCAACCUCAGCAACUUUAUAGACAAAACAGGCUCCCACGGCUAUGACAUGUCUACGUUCAUCAGACGUUACGGCCGCUACCUCAAUGAGAGGGCCUUUGCCUAUCGCCAGAUGGCUUUCGACUUCACCAAAGUCAAGAAGGGUGCUGAAGGGGUGAUGAGGACAAUGGCUCCAGACAAACUGUUAAAAGGCAUGCCCGUCCUGCAGACCCAGAUCGACACACUGCUGGAGUUUGAUGUCCACCCCAAGGAGCUGAAUAACCCUAUCAUCAACGCGGCGUUCCUGCUGCUCUUCAAGGAUCUGGUCAAGCUGUUUGCCUCCUACAACGAUGGGGUCAUCAAUCUAUUAGAGAAAUACUUUAAGAUGAAGAAGAGCGACUGCAAGGAGGCCUUGGAGAUCUAUAAGAGGUUCCUGACCAGGGUCACCAAGAUUGGAGAGUUCAUGAAGCUCGCUGAGACAGUCGGUGUCGAAAAAAAUGACAUUCCAGACAUCAACUAUGCUCCCAGUAGCAUCCUGGAGUCUCUGGAGACACACAUGAACAGCUUGGAGGGGAAGAAGGGUGAAGGGUCUCCAACAAAGGGGUCCCCCACCAAUAACGUGUCCCCGACCUCCACCCCCGCCAAAUCUGCAGCCUCCGUGCCCACCCUAGUGCCGCCACCCGAAGAAGCCACUGAUUCUCUGUUGGAUCUGGACCCUCUGUCCUCCUCUGGUCCGUCAGCAGGAGCCUCAGCAGCCCCUAUGUCCUGGGGAGACCUCCUUGGAUCAGAAAUGGGAGAGUCCAUGCUUCCUGACCCCACCCUCGCUGUAGACACCGCUCCCUCUCCCGCGGGGGUAACGCCCACCCCUGUAGCCGCAGAGCCAGGAGUCACUCUGGCUCCUCCCCCUAGUGCGGCCGCCACCAACCCCCCCGGUGCGACGAAUAUGGAUCUGCUGGGAGAUGCGUUUUCGACCCCUGCUCCCGCCUCUGAUGCCUCUGCCGCUGCCGAGGGCGGGGCCCCGGCCUCCACGCCAACCCCAGCUUCCGACGCUGCAGCCGACCCCUUUGCCCCCACUGGUAGCAGCUCAAAUGCAGUAGGCCCAGGGCUGGACCUGUUUGCCAUGAUGCCAAUGGAGAACAACUGCUUUAACUCAGUGGCGCCCUCUCCUGCCCCCUCCUCCACCAUCGCAGCACCCAUCCCCCCCACCACCCCAUCGAUAGACCUCUUCAGUGCUAUGUUUGAUUCAAUGCCAGAUCCAAGCUUCACCAAAGCAGACCCUGCCCCCAGUGUUGACAUGUUUGGAGCAGAUGCAUUCUCCUCCCCUGCCCCCUUCCUCUCCUCAGACCCCCCAACUGACAAGGGGGCGAUCAUGGACAUGUUUGGGGACUCCACCGGUGGAGAAACCCAACCUGCUGCACCUGCAGCUGCCUCUGGUGCUGAGCUGAUGGCAGCGUUCGAUGGUCUAGGGGAUGUGUUGAUGCCUGCCAUGACGCCCCAGACUGGGGCCGCCUCAUCUCCAGUUAAACAUAUGGGAGGGGACCUAGACGCCACCAUGGCUAACAUGGCUAGCAAUCUGGGAAUGGGGAGCCAAAAAACGGGGGAGAACACGAUGGGAAGUGGAGGCUGGUCAACUCCUCAGGUAGCCCCUCCAAGUUGGGGCGCUCCCAUGAACGUUCCAAUGGGAUCCCCUUCUUUUAUGGGGUCUUACCAAGGAUUCAGCAUGGGCGGGGCGGCCGGCGCUGGAGCUCCCAUGAUGCCCAUGGUUAGGCCAGGCUUUGGAGCCCCUGCAGCCCCAGGAGCACCGAUGGGAUCUCCAGGGAUGGCCGGGAGCCCGAGGAGGCCUCCGCCCCCCAAGAAUGCCCUAGAUGACCUCAACAUCAAGGACUUCAUGUAAACCCCUCUAACCCAUCCCUCUGAGAGGUUGUUGUUAUGUCUGGAGCUGUGGAUGUGGAUGUGUGCACCCCUGUCUCCCUCCUGUCACGCCCCAGCCCCUUCAGCCAAUCAACCAUCAGCACUACGACCCCUGUCCUCUGACUUCCCCGUAACCUCUGUCUGCUGUUGUAGCAAAAGCUGUGGAUGUGAAUCAUAGACACAGAAAACUAAACUGUGUAUGAGUGUGUGUGUACUUCAAUGUUAUCCUUUACCUAAACUAAGAAAAAAAUGUACCAUAAAAAAUUAUCGUGUAUUUAGAUUUGUUCUGGAACUCCCAGGUGUCAGCUGACUUGGAAUGGUGGAUCUGUGUUGAUUUUCUUGCGCGUUUCCCAGACGAGGAUUGUGUUGUUAACCGUGGACUGUGUUCGGUGUGUGUAAACCUCACUGGCCAAUCCCUGCCCUAUCCUCUCCCUCGCUAUCCAAUCAAAUUCUGUAUAUUGCUGUCUUUCUAACAUCAUUCAACACUUCGUUGUACUCCUCUCCAUUAAUUGAGCCACCCAGCCUCUGAGAACAGAUGCAGUAAUAUUGAAAUAUGUACAACUGUCACCACAAAUCUGGGUUUACGAGAUGACAAAUGAUACGACAAAAUGUUUUGUUUUUAUUUUGUCUAUUUUUUUGAUUGUGUGUUACAUGCAACAUUUGUGGACUAUGUUCAAAUUGACAUAUGCAUUUUAAAAUAUUUUUAAGUAUAGAUUAUACAUAUAUUUCUUUAAUCUUUAUUUUGAGAGAAAAUGUAUCAUAUAUUUUAGUUAUGUCUAUGAAUUCUAGGGUUUUAAAAAAUUCAAGCAGUUUCGAAAAAUAUCUCUCAUCUGUAUUUAGAGGCAGCACUGACUGCAAACUCAGCCCCCAGUGUUUACUGUGGCUCUCCCUGUUGGUGUGGAGUGUUACUGCAUUUGACCAUGUCAAGUGAAGUUGAUCGAGGCUGGAUCCAAAUACUUUUUAAAAAUCCUCAUUUACUUGUCUCCUUUACAUAACGGCCAAUUAUCUGAAUUGAAUUGAUAGGUGAAAGGCAAUUGGUGAAAACCAACCAGUGGUCAUGAAAUGAAGGAGACAAGGAAAGGAGGUUUGUAAAUAUUGUUGGGACACAGCCCAUGUCAACCUAAGGCUCAGGUGGCAAACUCAUUCCACGGAGGACCGAGUGUCUGCAGGUUUUCGCUCCUACUUUGUACUUGAUUGAUGAAUUUAAGGUCACUAAUGAGUAAGGAACUCCCCACACGCGGUUGUCUAGGGCUUAAUUGAAAGGACAAAGCAAAAAAAACAGCAGACACUAGGCACUUCAUGUAAUGAUUUUGACAACCCUGACCUAAGGUCAUUGUGGAGCAGUGAUCAGUAGAGUUGUAUUGUCUCCCGUAGCAACACUCCAGAGGUGUUGGAAACUCGUUAGCUGUAAACCGCUCAGAUAUACACUGGAUGUUCCAUGUGUUGUUUUUCUUCCAAAGUGACUAUCUUAAUCUGUUGUGGAAAAAAAGUAUAGAGAAAGAAAAAGAGGAAUAAAACGUAUAAAAAAUGUGGAUAACAAUAUUUGCUGUAUAUUUGGUUGAAGGCAGUGUUUGGUUCUUGGAUGGCAUCACUCCUCUCCUCUCCCCCACUUGCAUGUGAGUCCCUUGAGAUGCAAUAAAAUACAAACACACUGGUGGAAA